GAACAAAGCAAAAAAGGUCACCUAUGAAAUGAUAAUAAUUCAUUCUUGCUUUAUUUUACAUGGCAGUUUUUUGUCUAAACAAAAAAUUCUUUAAAUUAAAUAUAAAAUAUUCCAAAAUUAUGCAAAUUUGGAUUUAUCUGGCAUUAUUAAUGGCCAUUGUCAUUAAUGGCAAGUGUAAGGCCAAUAAAACUGCAAUUAAUCGAAUGGACGUUGGAAUGCAAAUUUCUGAGAAUCCUGUGAAUUUAACUGAAGCAAACUACACCCAAGAUAUUCGCAAUGAGCCCAAGAAAAAUAACAAUCAAGGGUUGAAACCUCUUUUGUUUUAUAUGCAAGCGAAAGUCAGCCAACUGAGGGACAAGUUUCGAACUUCUAAUAAUAUGCACCAUUCAACCAAUGAGAGCUUUUAUAACAACAUCAAAAUACCGAAUUUAAGUUUCAAAGAAAAGAUAAUUCAGUGGGCAAACAAACGACGAUUGGCGGCACUUAAAUUAAGAAAAUAUCAAUAUGACCUAAAGGAUGUGGUUGCGAACAUGACCUAUAUGAAUUCCAAUGCUACAGAAAUUUUCGAUCCGUUCUUUGCUUUUCAUAUUCAGUAUCAGAACUACCAGGCAAUUGCACCAUUACCAUAUCUAGGAGCCAUGGGCGAACCAUUCGAAGCUAUAAUAAAAACGUUAUACAUAAACGAAUUGGCAUAUAACUCAACCCCAAUUAACCAAUAACUUUACUGGACAUUUGAAAAAGAAAAAAUGCGGAAAGUUAAUCGUUUUUAUUGAACUAAAUACGCUUACAUUUAUAGAAUUAAUACAACUUUAAACACUUGUUAAUGCAGCAGAAUAUUAAACAAAAAUAAUGUUCUUAUUCUA